UUAAAGUGCUGUUCCCGUUUGCCACAGGCACACUUGGGUUUUGGUGGAAUAUAUUGUUUCUCUCCAGAGCUCUGGUCUAACGCAGGGCCUCUGUGCUUCUGUUCUGGUUUCUGGACCCGGGGUUUGGGAUAGCAGUAAGAGGUGUAGUUACAGUGCAGGGCUUGAUUUGGUCUUUUCAUUAUGAAGACUUGCUCGCUAAGAAUUUCUUUCCAGGGCUGGGCAUGGUGGUACACACCAUUAAUCCCAGCACCCGGGGAAGCAGAUCGUUGCGAGUUCGAGGCCAGCCUGGUCUACAAAGGGAAGAUGGAGGGGCUGAAAGACAAGACUCUGCAGGAGCUGGAGGAGAUGCAGAAUGACCCAGAAGCCAUCGCCCGGAUGGCCGUGGAGUCUCCUGAGGUUCAGGACCUGCAGUUAGAACGAGAGAUGGCACUGGCCACCAACCGGAGCCUGGCAGAGCAGAACCUGGAGUUCCAAGGUCCCCUGGAAAUCAGCCGCUCUAACCUUUCGGACAAAUACCAGGAGCUGCGGAAGCUUGUGGAGCGGUGCCAGGAGCAGAAAGCCAAGCUGGAGAAAUUUUCCUCAGCACUGCAGCCCGGGACCUUGUUGGACCUUCUGCAGGUUGAAGGCAUGAAGAUAGAGGAGGAGUCUGAGGCCAUGGCUGAGAAGUUCCUGGAGGGUGAGGUGCCCUUGGAGACAUUCUUAGAGUCCUUUUCCUCCAUGAGGACACUGCUGCACCUGCGCCGAGUCCGGGUAGAGAAGCUCCAGGAUGUGGUGCGGCGGCCCCGUGCUCUGCUGGAGCUGGCCGGAGAUGCCCCUCCGAAGCGCCCGCCACCCCCUCGUCCAGCGCCCCAGGCGACACCCCCUGCGACUGAAGAACAGCCUCCACAGCCCUCUGUUGUGACCUCCUAUCCUUUGCCCUACAGCCCAUCCCCAGGCUUGCCUCUGGGCCCUACAGCCCAGGGAGCCCUGCAGCCAGCCCCCUUCCCUGUGGUGGCCCAGCCUUCCUCCUACGGUGGGCCUCUUGGUCCUUCUUACCCAUCACCUCAGCCAGGACCCAGGACCACUGUGGGCUACUCUUGGUCCCCACAGAGGAGCGCCCCACCCGGGCCCGGCUAUCCUGUGGCUCCAACUAACACCUCUGGUCCAGGAUACCCCUUAGCGGGGGGCCGAACUCCUGGUCCUGGUUACCCCCAACAGUCUCCCUACCUCCCACCAGGAAGCAGACCUCCCUACCCAACACAACCUCAGCUGCCAGGCUUCCCAGGGCAGCACCAGCCUCCAGUGCCCCCUCAACCUCCAUACCCUACCGGGCCAACUCCUCCCUAUGGCUUUCACCCUCCAGGAGCUGCCUGGCCUAGGUAUUAGCCCUGGUCCCUGUCCGUCUUCUUCCUUCUACCUGCACCGUAGCCUUUGGCCUCCAUUUGCUGAGAUUCGAGGUUAACACUGGAAGUGGGGCUGAUGCUCCGCUCCCUGCAGAGCUGGGAACACACAGGCUGCCCUGCAAGGCCCUGGACAAUGCAGCAUGGGUCCUUCUGGGAGCUCCUUCUGCCAUGGACCAGCUCAGCAUGUCCUGAGGCAACCUGGUGAGAGCCCAGAGCUCUCCGGUGUCUGCAUGAGCGAGUGUGUUCAUGUCUGCACAGCUGCCUGCGCUUGUUCCCUGGCAGCUGAACCAGUACAGAGUGAUCUUGGUGGCAGGGUGGCCCUGGGUCUCGGACCCUGCUCCUCCACACUCUCCCUUGGAGCUUGGCAUUUUUCAUGUGAAACCACAUGCCAAGUGACGUGACUGCCCAUAUAAGGAUGGUCUAUCUUAUUUAGCACAGUUGGGUUGAAGGAAGGAACAGUUAGGAUGAACAGGGACUUUGAGUCCUUAAAGCCAUAAUUUAGCUGCCGUGCCAAUGUCAGACAAGUGUGUCCUGUUUGGUGGUUGGAACCACAGCAGCACUGAUGUGGGGAAUGCCAAGGGAAACCCAGGCCUCAGUUAUAUGAUUGGUUGUCCUGGGGGUCACCCUGGAGGCCCCUGGCUGGAGUGGAGGAUCAGGGUUACCUCCUAGCCACUUUGCACUCCUGGGGUCCUCCACUUCUGGCUGGCUUUUUCUGAGGUUCAUCCAUCCCUCCACUCCUAUAGUGCCUUGAAUCUCAUUUGCUAGCACCCCCUCUAUCCUUGUGUAGUUCCUUCCUGCCCCCAAUGUCCCUGCAGAACAGACACCAGACCUACCCUACGGAAUGUCCCAAUGGUGCUUCCCAGACAUCAUCACUACAUUGGGGUUGGCUUCUCCACACUGUCUUGUCUCCAGAAUGUAAAAGGACUGUGAGUGUAGCCACAGCACUCGAUGGGCCGCAGCCUGCUCAGUAAUGAAAGUGACGACACUAUACCAAAGGGGUGGCAGCAGAUGGUGCAUCAUUGUGACUGGUCCAGAUGUGAACCAGGUCUCAGGGUGGAACCUGGAGCUGCUACAGGUUAGGAAGUUGUAUGUGCCUUGAAACAUCCCCUGCCUGGGUACCCAGCCUCUGGUGGACCAAGGUGCUGGGGGUCAAGGAGGAACCCCAUCUUCUGGUGCCACCCUGCCCACAGGCCACGGGUGCAUUACCAACUCUGCUCGCUUCUCCUAAGUUAUUUAUAAUGAGGAAUCACUACUGGAGUCUGUGGUUGACUGCUGCUGAACUGGAUGGUGACCGCCCGUUUGUGUAAUUGCCAUAAUAAACAUUGAUGAGUUCAUGCUGUAUGGUGGCUCUGAUGAGUUUGAGACCAGAUGUGGCUGCUUGUGGGGCAAUGACUUCUGC